UGAUUUGCUAAAAGCACACGCAUAAUUUACGAUAACCAGCUACUGAUAACCAAAUUUGGAAGAAUUUUGCGUGUAAUGAACCGAUGACGUCAAAAGUGCGGCCUUCUUGCAGGUUAAUGCACCGUUAACCGAAAGGACCUUGGGACGAGGUUCAGUUGUUUUGGUUAUGAAAACAAAAAUGGUGGACAUUUCACUCGUUUCAAGAGUGAGAACUAGGUGAAAUAAUAGCUACAAACAUGACAAGAACAGCAAGAAGACAACUCAAAGGGCAGCAUCUGCUAUUCGGAGAAUAUUUGCGGAUCUGAACAACCCUAAAGGUGCACUAUCGGGGAUGAGUUAACAUCGAUGGAGGUAAGCAUGUUUUAGCUAUGUUUUUAGACUAGGAAUUAUUUUGAAUGAAUAAUAAAGCAAUUAUUGAAUUGGGCUUUCGUAUCAUAUGAAGAAUUAUGGAGAUCUCAGAGGUUAUUAUCCACCUCGGCCUCGACUGACAACACCAAAGGUAGAUCUUGAUUGGGUGUUGCCCGCCGGGCAGCCCACUAAUAAAGGCUUCUUUCCUCUCCACUCCACUACAAGCAUCUCUAAAGUAGGGGCGCUUUCCAUUUAGUCAAAAUUUCCGGAAUUUCCGGUUCGGCAGUAAAUGGAACACGUUUCGUCGGUUCGUCCCACUGGAAAAUUCCCAGAAAAAGUGGAAAAUCGAAAAAGGUGGUCCCGUUUUCCCGGUUGGAAUUUCCGAACGGAAUGUCGUGUUCCAUUGACGUUUUUUGUAGUUUGUACCAGUUCCAGGUCCACGGUCGGGCACCCGGCCACGUACCGGGGAUUACGACCAAAUGGAACAACUUUUUACCGAUCGGAAAUUCCACUUUUGCUACCACCGAAAUUUCCGGGUUUUUUUCGUAAAUGGAAAGCGCCCUAGAUGUCCAAAUCUUGCUAAUUUAAGGGUUCAGGUUAAAUUAGAAAUUUGUGUUAAUAGUAGUGUCCGAAGCAGACUCGAAGAAUUUCAGCCAACUUUAUUUUGAACGUCAAAAACGCACUACUUGCACAAUGUAAACCUUGUAUCAACUUGUAGAUAACAAUCUUACUCAAACGACAGCAAGCGAAGACAUUGGGCGCAAACCUCGUAGUCAGUUCGUAGAAACUUGUAUGUGGUUUUCUGGCAAAUUACAGAGGUAAAUAUCACUCGAAGUUACCAUAACAAUUCUCAAAUGUAGAAAAAAAGGCUAACUUACCGAACUGUUCGGCUUCAAAAUGCUAAUACAGGUAGAAUAUACUCAAAUACUAUCCUCGCUCACGAUAACAAACUCGACCAAGGCAAAAAUGUUUUUGAGUCACGUGACGAUAAACAAACAAAUUACUCCUAAGGGGAGUCGGGAGCGACACCAGCUCCUAAAUGAAUUGCCCGAAAUUCAUUUACAAACAAAGGCUAACGACUCCAACAGUCCACAUUCUCUAGCUAAUAAACAGUCAUUUCACGAAAUAAUCUUUCUUAGUCUUCCAUCUCCAGACGACACAAGCUUGUGACAGGUCAUGUAAGCACAACAGUGCUAGGUUUCUAGCUACCGUGGAGGCGGUUUUCACUUUCGCCACUCGUACACAGCCGUCAUCAUCGGCAACUACCUCCCAAACACGUGCGAUUGGCCAUUCACCACGAGGGUAAUUUUCAUCUGCAAGUAGAAUUAGAUCUCCUACCUUGAUAUUCUCUUUACGUGAUCUCCAUUUCUGUCUUUCCAUAAGAGUCGGUAAGUACUCUUUAGACCAUCUCCGCCAGAACACUCCACUUAAAUUAUAAGUAUUGUAAUGUAAAGCAUUAGUAGUGGUAUUAUAAGCAUUGUAAUUUAAAGCGCAUUAGAUCAUAUACCAAUGUAUUUUGCGCUAUAUAAAUAAUAAAGUUAUGUUUAUGUUUAUGUUUAAGUACUGAGCUUGUCUCCUCACACGCCUACAAUGAAGAUCCUCUUUGUAAAACAGCCCUGGUGGCAAGCUUGGUGUCGGACGUAAAUGUAGCAAAUGGUUGGGGGUUAACGGCUGAUCAUCUAGGUCACUGUCGCUGUUGCGUGUCAAGGGUCGACUGUUGACGAUGUUGACAGCUUCUUCCAUCACAGUAGCAAGUACUUCGUCUGUCACGAUCCUGCUCUUUCAGUAACGACUUCAACACUCUCUUCGUAGUUUGAACCAUUCUUUCCCAAACGCCUCCCAUAUGACUCGCGGCUGGCGGAUUAAAUUUCCAUUUGAUUUCCCUCUGCGUGCAGAAAUGACUGAUCUUGUGAUGAUCCCAUUGUUCAACAGCAUUUCUUAACUCCUUGUCGGCUCUUGCAAAGUUGGUCCCAUUGUCACUUCGGAUUUCUUUGGGACAGCCUCGCACACUAAUAAAUCUUCUUAUGGCGUUGAUCCUAGAAUCUGCUCUCAGCGAGUGUAAGAUUUCAAUGUGAAGGGCGCGUAUGGUUAGACAAGUGAGUAAGCAACCAUACCUCUUGACAUGUGACCUCCCCUGUUUAACCUCUAAGGGACCAAAACAAUCAACGCCAACGUACGUAAAUGGUGGAUCGCCUGGUGUCAUGCGUUCCUUUGGCAGUUCAGCCUUGAAUUGCUCUGCUGGCUUAGCCUUUCUCCUCUGGCAAUCAGAACAUUUAUUCAGCACACGACGAACUGCUGACCUCCCUUUCAGAAUCCAAUAUUUCUUCCUUAAAGACGACAAAACUGACUCCUGGCCUAGGUGCCCCAUUCUUUGAUGAUGGUCCCUGAUUAUUAAAUCGGUGACAUGAUGUUUGUAGGGUAAUAUCACCGGGUGUUUCAAAUCGUAUGGCAAGGGUGCCCUCCCGAUACGGCCUCCUGCUCGCAACAGCCCAUUCUCGAUUCUUGGAUUCAGCUUGCUCACUGAAGCGCCCGCUUCCUUCAUUAACCUCUUCACCGACCUUUCACAUGCUCCUAUGGUAAGCGCUGAUUGGAGAAUUCGUGCUUCCGGAAACUCCUUCUCUUGAAUGUAGCGCAAGAUUUCACCCUCUGCCUCUUGGAGCUCUUCAGCCACAAGGCAACCUCUUCUCUCAACUAGUUUGUAAUUAGAUUGGGAACCUCCUGUGCGUUGUAGGGCCUUGUUCCUAAGGUACCGCUUGUAACGCAGCAACCACGAAAUCGUUACUUUGAGUUUCCACCAAGACGCAUAGCACUUGAUGACCUCUCCCAUCACGUCGUGACUGACUGAUGCUGUGUAAACUUGACUUUCCUUUCUGAUUUCUGGAUCGUCGUCCUUAACGCAAGGGAUAUCAAUCAUUUUCGUCCACCGUCUGCUGGAUUUGCGUCCCGGUUCACGGACCUCCACUCCUGGAGUGUGGAAUCGUCAUGUAUAAUUGUUAAGCGGUUCGACUCAAACGUGUGAAAUCUCUUGGUUUGGUUAUGGAUACAUUUCAACACGGACGUGGAAUCUGUCCAAUAAACACUCUUGUUGACCACCAGGUCCAGCUCAUCGCGGAUUGCAGGGCUGAGUUUCACAGAAAUAACUGCAACAGUUAACUCGAGUUUUGGUAUGGAAAUUUCCUUGACAGGAGCUAGCGGAGCCUUUCCUAUAACAAAUGAGCAAUGUAUCUUUCCAGUGGCAUCCUUCAGACAGAGGUAGUCUGCAGCUGAAUAUCCUCCGUGCGAGGCAUCUGAGAACAAAUGCAACUGGGUUUCUUGAACUUUCCCAAAUCCUUUUGGCUUAAAACAUCAAUCGAUCUUAACUUCUCUCAGUUUGUCGAGGUCAUCAAUCCAUCUCUCCCACUGCAGACAUUCGGCAUCUUUGACCGGCUCAUCCCAUCCAAUUCCUUUCCGGUUCAAGGUUUGAAGUAGCAGUUUCGCCUUCAUGAUAUAUGGAGCAAUAAACCCUAGUGGAUCAAACAAGGAGUACACAACAGCCACCAUGCCUCGCUUUGUCAACGGCACUUUGGACGUUGCACUCAUGAGUUUGUCAGAAACCUCCCAGACAAAUUUGUCAUCUUCAAUGUCCCACCUUAGCCCAAGGGCGCUCUCUGUUGGAAGCUGAUCCAACUUCAAGUUGAUGACCGACUUGGCUCUCUCUGGCUCUGGAACAACAGCUAGAACUCUCCUAUCAUUACUGCACCACUUGGUCAAAUGGAAACCGCCUUUACUAAGCUGUUCUUUCACCUUGUGUACAAGCAAGAUCGCAUCUGCUGUUGUUUCAGUUGACUUCAUCAGGUCAUAAACGUACAUGUUCUUUUUGAUAACAUUUGCAACUUCUGAAUUCCAACCUCUAUCCAUCUCAGCCGUUUUCUUUAAACAAAGGUUCACAACGCUCGGUGAAGAUGUAGCCCCAAACAAAUGUUUGACCAUCGGUACUCUGUUAGCUCUGCUGACAAAUUCCCUCCAGGCCACCACAAAAACCUCAACGCAUCACAAUCCCUGGGUUCCACUCUAACCUGAUGGAACAUAGAUUGUAUGUUGGCUACAAGACCCACAAACUCCUGACGAAAACGAGUCAGCACCCCCACAGUAUUAUUAGUUAGAUCUGGACCUUGCAACAGUUGGCGGUUCAAAGACGUGUGUGCGAACUGGGCAGUACAAUCGAACACAACGCAAACCUUUUCGGGUUUUAAGGGGUGCGUCACUGGAUGGUGUGGCAAGUACCAUACUGGCCGGUCCCCUGGUUGCAACUCAUCGGUGGGCACUCUCUCUGCGUGGCCUUCUUCAAUAUACUCAUUCAUGGUUGCGUUGUACUUGAGAACAAAUCUGUUGGGCUAAAUUUUUUCCUUUUGUUUUUGGUUUUCUCACUUACUUGUUAUCGUGUAUUCUUUUUCUUUUCGCUCUCCGGUGUUUUGUUAAUUACGCUCCUUUGUUACGUGCUAUAUUCAAAUUUCGUUAUAGCUUGUUAUCUCGCCCCUAUUUAUUACCCGUUUUACGGAUCUAUUAGCGUAACAACAUUCGUCGAAGUAGAUUAUUUUUUUUCCUCGGUGGCCCUGACCACCAACCCUGUCAUCCUCAGCAUUUGGUAAGCAGCUUCGUUUUCAUCGUUUUUCAUUAAUUUCAUUUUUCAGUCGCUUUAAAGUAGUUUUUCUGUAUUGAAACUAUUACUUUUUCGCUCUUUGUAGGAAUUUACUUUUUUUAUGGUUUGGUAAUAGAACAUUUGCUGAUCGUGAGUUCGUGUGUUGUGUUUUGGAAUUGGCCCUUGCCCGUUCAAAAUCUUCGUCUCUGAGUAGACGCUUCUUUAGAAGUGCAGCUCGCUGCUCAACCGUAAGCCUGUUAUUUGGCAGAUAAGGGGGGUUUGUUCGCCAUGGAAGCCCUACUUGAAAGUGUCCAUUCACUACUUUCAGUGACUGUUCCAUCAUUUCUAAUGCUCUCUUAUCCUCGAUCGGAGGACUCACACUCGAACUCACAACAGAAUCUGCAAAGUCAGUGCUCCAAAGUCUCUCAAGUUGCUCCUGCAAAAUUUCGUCACGGAUUUGACGCUUGGUGUCUUCAUCACAAAGCAAUGUCCCGUCUGCUGCACCACUAACACUCGACCUUUCGAUCACACCUUUGAUGUUACGCGGUUCGGCACUCCCGUCUCUGUGCGACUGCUCCGCAUCAACGUAAAACUCUUUGUUUCCCAGGCGAACAAAGUUGAUGGAACAACGGUCAUCAACUCUUGUCCCGCUCAGAGGACCCAUAACUGUCCAACCCAGGGAAUAUUGCACUGCUACCGGCUCGCUAUCUCCACCUGAUCUGCACUCUAAUGGGAUAAACAGUGUAGGCUUCUCUCAAAGAGCGGCCGUCUGUAAAUAUCGCCUGGGGGUGUGCAAAAUGAAAAAAUCGAAAAUCCUCAAACUUUGUCAGAAUAUAGGUCUAGGUAAACUAUUUCUAGAAAAAUAACUUUUAGUUCGAUUGCAUUUUUAUUUUACGCGUACAGCAACCGAGUCGGUUCGGAGGUUUUCAGAUCAGUUUUCACGCGUUCAAGUAAUAUAUCAAACAUGAGACGCAGUGUUUCAUCACCAGAUGAAACACCGAGAAGAGAGUUGAAAAUACGACGCGUAGCGGAGUAUUUUUGACAAACUUCGAGGUGUUUCAUCUGGUGAUGAAACACUGUGGAAUGUUUGAUAUUUCUUCUCAAACAAAAUCAUUUUUGAAGGAGAAGUUAAGGAUGCAAAAAUGAGCAGUUUUUCAUCCGAUAUCCAAACACUCGUUAAACAUUAAUUUCCUUUGAAUUUUCUUUAUGAAUUAUUAAUGAGUUUGAGAAUACCAUAUAUUAGUUAAAAAUCUUUUAAAAAUUAAACAAGUAAAAAACUCUGCCUCUGAAAAUCUUAAUAGAGAGAGUACAACUUAACCAAUAGCUUCGAUGUGAAAUUUUCCUAUUCGUCAGCAAAUCUAUUAUUUUUCGGAUUUUUAAUAAUUUUACUUAUUUUACCGAUUUUUGACAGACAUAAAAUUAGCAAAUUUCAGACACAGAAAUCACUACUUGGUAUACGGCUUUGAGCCAUAACUUACCUACCAAUAGAAAGAGCAAGGUGGCUUCCUCAAAUAAAUGCAAUAAAAUUUUUGGGCAGUCCUGCAGGGAAAAUUGUUGAACGCCAAACAAAAGCGACCCUUGAGGUCAAAACACGCCGUUUUGUCACGACAUUCGAAGGCGGUUAAAUCAAUAACAAUGCUCUAUUGGCCAGAUUCCUCCAAAAGCUCUAUGCUCUUGAGCAAUAUUGAUUAGACUCGACUUAUUUGCACUUCUUUUGCCUAAUUAUUUCACUUACAACGCGCCCGUUGGCAGUCGAAAGCCUAAUUUUAUUAAACUGGCGGUUAAUGUUUGACAGCAUUCGGAUCAUAUGUUUCAAAACCCUAGGUUCAAAACUUACUACCAAUUGGAUUCAUGCACAUAAAAGAACAGAUUUACCGACGUUGACUUACAUAAUGAUGUAUUAAGACUAAAUAUAAUACUUAUCUCUUAGGAAAUGAAGAUAUUUUGGAAAUAUAUAACCGGCUAGUGCGGUAUAUAUAACCGGCUAGUGACUGGUCACCGUAACUGCUCGGAGCGGGAAGGAGAAUGCGUUACUCACUUUUGUUCAAGGGUAGGGUGAUGCUCCAGCGGGAGGGGGAGGGAAUGUCAGCAGCUCUGUGUCUGAAAAGUUCUGGUAGGAGUAAGUAAGAUUUGUGCUGCAUAAUGCAAUAAAUCCUUCCUAAAACUAAAAUCUAAAAGUAAAAAAGAUAUGUCCGUUGGCUGGUUGAAAGUACGACGAACUGAUUACGAAACCAGGAGACUGACGAAACGUUUGAUAAACAAAAAAUUAUGCCACAUGCGUCAUCCACUAUUUUGGGAUAUCUCGUCCGAUUAUCCUGGCAUGCUUAUUUUAAGCCAAAAGAUCAUCAUAUUAUAGGAGCACCCGUGGAGCUACAAUCUUGGACAGAAUCAUGAAAAAUGAAGCAGCGAACCCCCCCCCCCCCCCCACCCCCUAAAACUAAUCGUGCUCUUGUAACUAAUUACUGAGAUUUUAAGCAUGUCCACCUACUCUCUUCUAACAUUCUGCAGCACAGUAUUCUUCCAAUUUCAUUGGGUAAUAACAGAAAAUCUGAUAAGCUGAUAAGCAAAUUUACCCUUUUGGGACUUAGUAGUUCAAUUCUCUAUUUUCCAAUUCCCCAUAAUACACUCUGUUUGCCCCCCAAAUUUUGCAUAAACCAUUGUUUUUAAAUGCUCCUGGGAGUAUUGCAUUUUCCCAAGAGCAUUUUAAAGCAAUAAGUUAUGCAAAAUUUGGGGGGCAGACAGAGUGUAUUAUGGGGAAUUGGAAAAUAGUCAAUGGUCUUACUGCUAAAUCUUCUGGCAUCCAAGCCAACGAGGGACUGUGUCUCACAGCUUGUGCGCGUGCGAAGGUAGGGUGGGGCAGGUAGGCUUUGGUAGAUUGUGCUAGCAUAAUUUUAAGCAUAAUUCAGCAGAACGAGCAUUAUUUUGAGCUUUUAUUUCAGUUUAGCACUGCUAGCAUAAUCCGAGCUUUUAAGCGUUGAAAACAAAGAAACCCAUCAUAGCUCUAGAAUAAUUCAGUUUGUAUUUUAUUUCUGUAUUGUUUUUGGAAAAUAUUGAGGUCUGUGCCAAGGCUCUUGGUCAAAUAUGGUCCGGCAGGCGGCAAAAGUCACCCUGUGCAUAUCUUAGAGACUGAGACUCUCCUCAGGCCACCACGCUUAUGGCCACCCUCAGGCCUCAGAUCAAAGAUGGCGUCGUCUUUGAGUACAUUCACUUCCACCACUUCCAGUGCCGUACCGAGAGCUUUAAACAAGUAUGCGGGCUAUAACUUUCUGACCCAGAUUCAGAACCCAGAAACGGUUGAUUUUGGUAUCAUUUGUUAAUCAUUUGGCUUUUCGAGGUGCGCACAUGCGUAUUUGCGAUGCUAAGGACUGUAAGAUUGGAAGGUGGACUAUAUGAAUGUUCAUUAAAGUCAAAAUUGAUAGAGUUAAGCUACUGAUGAUCUUUAAUUUCCUUAAAAUCAGUGUAUAAUCUAAGUAGCACAAUUUCAGUGACAGAGAGCAUAAUUUUCAGAAAGUAGCAUAAUUUUGGCAUAAUUUCUUAAAAAUAUGAGCACUGCUAAAAGCAUAAUAUGCUUUUUUUUCGAGCACAAUCUACCGAAGCCUAGGGGCAGGGAGUCGGGGUGUGGAAUUGGGGUUACACUAGGUGUAAAACACAACCAAAAGAAAAACAAAGUUUCCGCUAAAUUUAAAUCUAGGCUUAGACAGAUUCCGCUCGGUAACUUUUAGCAACUUGUACGAUUUUGCACUACUUUAGAUUCUGAGCAGCUUUUUGGAGUUAGCACAUUUUUGGCAUAAUUUCACUAUUUUUAUGGAUUUUAGGAUGUCCCAGAUUGACCACAUUUCCAUAAUGGAUGGGCAUCCUGUGAUAAUAUUCCAAAUAUGGUACAACAGUACGUACAUUAAAGGCAGCACGCUGUACGCCUCUGCUGUCCGUUUCAGGUUCAAGGAUUAAGGCCGAAUGCAGUCUCACUAGAAGAGCUUAAGAUGUCCUCUUUGUGGAUGACAAAAUCAUAGCAAACUUAGCGACAAAGCUUCCUGUCAAUCUUGCAGCUGCUGACAGCGUUGUGUACUCGAGUGAUACACGUUGCAGUAGUCUUAGGACGUCUCAGUUUUAUUUUCUCACUAUUUUAGCUGAUUAGAUCUUUUUUUCUAGAGAUCAAACGAUGGCGACCACCACGCAGGAUCUUCGUCCACGCCUUUUGCAGUUUAUUUCUUAAACCGGAAGUGGAAGGUUGUCAUAGUGUGUUCAGUCAUCCAGUCAUUCAUUCAGUCUCUCAUGUUUUAACUAGUUAACUUUUUAAAGAUUGUUGUUUACAAUUAUAAACGUUUCUAUUGAAUUUGUUGCCCACUUCGAAACUUUAAGAAAUAAUCUCCAGAAGCCGUAAACGAAUAUCCCGCUGGUUGUCAACUUUGGAUCUCUAGCAAAAAGAUCUAAUCAGCUAAAAUAUAAAGAAAAAAAAGAGAGACGUCCUAGGACGGGAUAGUUUCAGGCUGGGAUAGUUUUGAAUGACUGUCUAGGCCUGCUACUUAAAUUGUUCAGUCAGCUUCCGGUUUGAAGUGCAUUGCUCUUCCUGUUCUGUGUCACGCAAACGUGACAUUCCCUCUCGGUGAUAUACAAGUAUUUGGCCCGGGAUGGGAAGACAGUGGAAAGUUACAAGUCCAUAUUGAAUUGUGUGAAUUAUUUUGAGUCCUAAAAAGCUAUGACAUUUCGAUGGGCUUUCGACCGCGACAACUUACGAAGAGUAUAGAUAUUGGAAGACGCAAAAUGUCACUUGUUAGCAAACGGUUCCCAACAAAAUCCACAGAACAAGGCAUAUAGCUGUUUGAAAAGAAAUUGUCUCGGCAAUGUCUUUUUAACGAGGAGUAUCGUUGUUUUUGCCCUUCGAAUGUCGUGACAAAAUGGCGUGUUUUGAAAUCAAGGGUCGCUUUUGUUUGGCGUUCAAAAAUUCUCCCUGCAGGAUUGCCCAAAAAUUUUAUUGCAUUUAUUUGAGGAAGACACCUUGCUCUUUCUAUCAGUAGGUAAGUUAUGGCUCAAAGCCGUAUACCAAGUAGGGAUUUUUGUGUCUGAAAUUUGCCAAUUUUAUGUCUGUCAAAAAUCGGUAAAAUAAGUAAAAUUAUUAAAAAUCCGAAAAAUAUUAGAUUUGCUGUCGAAUAGGAAAAUUUCACAUCGAAACUAUUGGUUGAGUUGUACUCUCUCUUUUAAGAUUUUCAGAGGCAGAGUUUCUUACUUCUUUAAUUUUUAAACGAUUUUUAAGUAAUAUAUGGUCUUGAGCCCGUGAAAACUGAUCUGAGAGCCUCCGAACCGACUCGGUCACAGUAAACGUAAAAUAAAAAUGCAAUCGAACUGAAAGUUAUUUUUCUAGAAAUAGUUUACCUACACGUAUAUUCUGACAAAGUUUGGGGAUGUUCGAUUGUUUUGUUUUGCACACCCCCAGGCGAUAUUUACGGACAGCCGCUCUUAAGACCAAUUAUUAGACCAACAUCUGACACACAGGACUCCAACAACUCGACGUCUCUCAAAUGAGGCCAAUUCGAAAUGUCGUCCUUUCGUGGAAUGCAAGUGUAGGACACGGGUAUCUGCUCAACAGUCCUAACAUUCGUCAGCUCUUCUGAGACUUUUUUAUCCAUGGACAUCACAACAAUGUCUAUCACAUGCCCUUCAACUUUCCUGGUCCCCGUCACCCCUUGCAACUCAUAAUGACGUUUUAAUCCGAUCCAAGCUCAAGAGAGAGUUGCUCUUUGCGUAAGGUUACCUCACUACCACUGUCCAAUAAGGCAUAAGUCUCCACAAUUCUUCCUCCUCCCUUUGCCCUGACUUUAAGGGGAACGACCCCUAAGCAGACACGCCUUUCACCGGCCCCAGUUGCUGCAGUAACAGAAGCUCUGCCACCACUCUGACCAUCUUGAUUGGUUCUGUGUGUUGCACUUGUAUAACCCAUAGCUGCACUGGUCUGCUGAGGGUUUUCUUCCAAAGUGGGAGGGGUGGGGUGUAACAGAGUGUUAUGAUCCUCGACACAACCUUGUACUUGACACUUGAAUGUUUCCUUAGGACAAUGGUCUUUGAAAUGCCCACCAUCAAGGCACUUGAAACACAGUCUCUUGUUCAGUACUGUUUUUACUCUGUCCCGGCUCGAAAGGUCUCUAAACUUCUCACACCUCCACAGCCCAUGUUGUCGUGAACAUACUGGACAGCUCCUGUUUGUACCAAUUUCUCUUCUUGCACUGCUUUGUUCUUCGCUGUGAUCAGGGUCGACAUUGGUCGCUAAGGUGGUCAUCCUUGUUAGAGUUCUUCCCCUUUUCUCUUCGCUUUCCAGACUCGCAAUCAGAUCCCCAAAUUCAUUGUUUACAAGCUUUGCUCUGUGCUUCACAAACUUUAACAAAUCAGAGAACUUUGGUCUUCCACCAGCUUCAAUAACUUUGCCAGCGCAAAGUUUUAACUAUUUGAUCCCUGGCAUCAAACGCUUCUGGUGAUUGCUUUACUGGGGCCUGAACUUCCUGGAUUGAGGGCGACUGCUCGUAUUCGUGUUUCGUCCCCCAACAAACUCUGUUAGGUGAGCUUGCCAGUGGGUUUAAUGCAGCAUCUCCCUGCGGAGACGAUCCUGGUUGCUCAUUUCCCCCAACAAUUGGUAACUUUGAUACACGGCCUGGGGAAACUGGUAAUAAAGAGGUAAGAGCACGUGGAAAUUCUUCAAGUUUAGGCUUAAUAUCUGAAUGAUACAAGACGUCUUCCUUGCAAUCUACAUCCCCUAAGGCCUCCAAAUCAAACUUUUUUUUUUUAUUGAACGAGGUGUCUCAUGGUCAGUCGCACCGGCCCCACUUUCAGAAUGAAGAAUACUAAAACUGACAUAGGCCUUCUCGGCUUCCAUUUUGGCCUCCAUUAAUUCCCGUGCGUGAUUAAGUUUAGUUAAUAUGAGUUGAAGCUCUUGCCUUUUGUUCAAAUGUUCUACUUUAACUUUUGUCAAAAUCAUCUUUUCUCUACGAGCGUCAAACCCACUAUAAACCGAGUUACAGCUGAUUUCAGUACUCACGGUUGUCGCGCCCUUUCCUUCACGUGACCUCAUGCUUCCUUCAAUGGACUUUGAUCCACAGGCAACGCGCAUUUGUUUCACAAUCUCGUCCAAUUCCAUCUUCCUUGCAAACUCUUCGUAGUAUAUGGUUUGGGCACCGUUCCUUUUAAAUCCUGGCUCUGUUAAUUCCAUAAAACAUUCAUGGGCUUUCACAAACUUCCUCCAUGUUUCUUCGUACACCGCGAACUUUACUUCUAAAUCCUCUGACCAUAUAUCUCCUCUUUUGAUUUGCAAAUUAGCAAUUUCCUCAUGCAUUUUCCUUAGCAUCCCGAUUAAUCCAGCUUUGGAUCUCUUCAAUUGCUCAGCCCUUUCAGCUCGAUCCUCUUCUUCAUUUCUCCGUGUAGAAUACGUUCGCACUCGAGUUCCCUUUCGGGCGGCAGGACGUGAGCGAGUAGACAUGUUUCACACAGAAUCGACCAAAUGAAGCUCUGGUUCGAAACCUGUUCGAAUCACGGCAGACUUGAAGAAUUUCAGCCAACUUUAUUUAGAACGUUAAAAACGCACUACUUGCACAAUGUAAAUCUUGUAUCAACUUGUAGAUAACAAUCUUACUCAAACGACAGCAAGCGAAGACAUUGGGCGCAAACCUCGUGGUCGGUUCGGAGAAACUUGUAUGUGGUUUUCUGGCAAAUUACAGAGGUAAAUAUCACUCGAAGUUACGAUACCAAUUCUCAAAUGUAGAAAAAAAGGCUAAUUUACCGAACUGUUCGGCUUCAAAACGCUAAUACAGGUAGAAUAUACUCAAAUACUAUCCUCGCUCGCGAUAACAAACUCGACCAAGGCAAAAAUGUUUUUGAGUCACGUGACGAUAAACAAACAAAUUACUCCUAAGGGGAGUCGGGAGCGACAGUUAAACUUUCUACUCAAUUUAGAAUUUUUUAAUUUCGAUAGUGGGCACUGAAGUUAAUCAACGUAAACUUGGGCCGUUUUCAGUUUUCCUUUACAUGCCUGUAAUAGAGUACUAAAGUGUGACGUCAUAAAAAUGAAAUUUCUGAAAUCAUGCGAUUUGUCAGAAUAUUCUGAAAGACCAAUGUCCAAGAGGCCUACUUGCCAAAAAUGAGCAUUUCGGGACAAAUUGUCUCUGAGAUCGUAGCUCAGUUAUGCUUAGAAAACUCCAUACAAACCCUUCUAAAUUUUUUUGGGUUGACCCAAAAAAAUUACCCCCAAAAAUUGACGUCAUCAGUUCAGUACUCUAUUAAGAACAUAAACUUAAUAAUAAUUUCACAAACAACAAAUAUUUCUUUGAGCAAUAUGUUUUGCCUUUUUACUCUUUCAUAAAAAGCGAGCUUUGAUUUGACUGAAAAUUGUUGGUACCCCGAAAUUGUAGGUUUUGAGAAGUGUCUAAAAUUGACCUACAGUCAGCCUCAGGGACCCCUAAAUGUUUAAUUUCUAGAACUCAGCUCAGGGUGCAAAGAAAGUCAUUUUUGCAGUGUGCCAUUUGGGAAAGCUGAAGCUAGCAUUUACUAACCCAAACGUCAUUUCAACUAGCCCCAAAAACGUUUUGAUGAGCAGAAUUGAUUUUACAGUUUUUCUCUAAUUUGAAUUCCUCAAAAAAAAAAAACACUUGGCUGUCAGGCAGUGGGCAAAAAUAAGGUGAAAAUACAGCGAUUUGUGGUAGCUUUUCUACCAUAAAAGUUUGCCACUAAAAUUUACGUGGCCCGACUCUAUUUAUAUGCGAGAUGGUUAUGUUUUUUAUUCGCUUUUCUCAGCAGAAAAGAUUUAACCGAUUUCUCUCAUUUGGGGCGUCCUUAACUAAGAAUGGUCAAACUAUUUAUUUAUUUUCUUUUAGGUAUAAAAACGUCUUCAGGAGUAGGCUUGGAUAAAUUCAGCUCGUAAAAUGGCUUAUUCUGUCUGCCGGCAGUGCUCGUAAAAAUUGCUUAUUCUGUUCAAAUUCUGCUCGGUAUCUGAAAAAAUUUUCGCAAACAUAGAAGGGAGCCUGGGCCUAACCCCUAAAAACUAAUUAUAUAUUCAUUAUCGGUGGCGAAAUUGUAAUUCAUCUUACUUUUAAUGUGAGUGCGUUGUAGUUAUUAAAUAAUCAAAUAAUCCCAAGGUAUUUUCCAUUUCUUUUUUAUUUAAUUUUAAAUUUUCCCUUUUUCUGCUCAAAGUCCGUCGAAAAAACCUUAUUCUGCUCGAAAUUCUCCCGGCAGAAUUUAUCCAAGCCUAUUUAGGAGAUAUUGGCAAAUAUUCAAAACCGCAUUGUUACAAAAAAAUGUAAAUAACUUUGAAAUCCCACGACAGAUUUUCCCCUAACUUCAGCAAAUAAGCCUCAGAGCUCUCUAGUUUUACAUCUACAAGUUUGAAGUCAAUCGUGACCAUACAACUCGUUGCACAACAUGCUGGUCACAUCACACAUCACCUUUAUUUAACCUCGGAUUUACAGUGUAGCUCUUGAAGCUGAUGUCUCCGAGAUAGAAGAAAAUAAAUAAAUUCAUUUAACCUUGAAAUGCUACGCAAACACAUUUGUGAAAGUCGACACACAAAUAGUGAAAGUGUGCUCACAGGCUAUCUCCUACAUGUAUCUGAAAGGGUAUUCUCGCCCAAAGCUUUAUUGCAAGAAACUAAGUAAUCAGAAACCUGCAGAAAAUACAAUUAUCAGUACAAGAAAAACAACUUUAUGCUGAGUGCGGGGUUAGAUUAAAGAACUUCUAGUCAUUAAACUUACUCAGUAUUUUAACAAUCUACCAGAAACUAUUAGAAACUGUAAAGAUUACAGAACCUUUUUAAGACUUUCAAGGAAUUUUUAAGGUGGCUCGACUGGAUUUUUUGGGGUUGAUACCUCCCAAGUUUGAGCAUUAACUACGUCGGCAUGAGUAAAGAUAUGGAAAAAAGGUUACCACAACUGUAUUAUAUAAAGAUGAAAAUUUCUUAUGAUCUGGGUUUUAUUGCAAUCGGAGUCGCCAUGGCAACGUAAUGAGGCCAUUGCGUUUUUCAUUUAUCGUUAAUUUUCUCUGUACCAGGAGUUUUUUGAAGAAAUCGCUUAAGGGAGUAUGUACCUGCCAUAAUUGCUUCCAUUAUGGCAAAGUUUGAAGAAAUUCUAUGGGAGCGUUUUCGAAAUAUUUUGAAAUGCAGUUUUAAGAACCAUCAAAGCAGUGAAAUAGCAUGCUAGCCGCAAAAUUCGCUAUUAUUUUAAGAAAAUGAUAAGCUUUGGAAUCGCAGCUUCAUCUCAUAGUGGUUUGAUUCCAUUGAAAACUGCUUACAAAAAAAGAGGGGAAUUGCUCUGGGCGAUCGCGAGUAAGAAGAAUUUUAUUAACUUGCAUUCAGCUGCUUUUGAUACAGUUUUUGGAGGUAAUUUGGUCCAUGCCUAAAAAUUUCGCAUUUUUCCAAAAACCGCUCGAUAAAUUUUUUUAUAAAUUCGACAAUCCCGAGAUCAAUCGUUAAGAAAUAUUCCCUGCAAGUUUUAAGGACAUUGAAAUCAGGGAAGGCUUUUAAAAAGGGCCCCAAACAUAACCAAUUUUUCCCCCAGAUUUUGUGUUUACAAGCGAGCGUCCUCAUUGUUCAAUGGCAUUGUUUUCAAGUUUCAUUUACACGUGCACAUUUAGCAAAAAGAUAGAAUUAUUACAAAGGCAGCACUUUCUUCUCAGUUAUUUAAAGACCCUGAGUGUUGGUCCAGCCGGGGUUCGAAGCCGUGACCUCCCGCUCAGCAGACCAGCGCUCUUCCAACUGAGCCAACCGGGUGGCGUAGUAUUCAGUAACGUUAAAUUUCACCAGCAUUUUGUGCAGCGAAUUGUAUGGUCACGAUUGACUUCUUCUAGAGAGCUCUGAGGCUUAUUUGCUGAAGUUAGGGGAAAAUCUGUCAUGGGAUUUGAAAGUUAUUUACAUUUUUUUGGCGAAAAUGCAGUUUUAGAUGUACGCCGAUAUCCCUGACGUUUUUAUACCUACAAGAAAAUAAAUAAAAUUUUCUUGACGCUGGACCAUUCAUUGUUGAGGAUGCCGAAAUAAUUCCUGCUGAAAAACGCGAUACAAAAACAUAACCAUCACGCGUAUAAAUAGGUUCAGCCUACCUUAAAAAUGUAUAUUACUUAAGCUUCACACCUUGAUAUUUUAUUUAUUUGUUUUUCUGAAAGGACCCAAACUGGUAGCUGUCCUUCCAAACAUUAUCACUGUAGGAACUGCAUACUUUGGUUUUUAGCAAUACAGUUUUUUAGAAAAAUUCAAGUUAGGCAAUGUUUACCCUAACCAAAGUAAUUAUACACAUGACAAUGGUUUGUUCUUUAAAUUUCUGGUUACGUAGAUCCUCUCAAAAAAGAUUACGCAUUUUGCCCAAGUGUGUCCCACUCUGCACGAAUUGGUCAGACUCUGUCAAUUUGUUGCCCAGUCAGUUCUUAUCCACCCCCACGUAAGGUCACCUGGAAGAAAAACGGAACUCAGUUGCAGCAAGGGAGCGAGACUAUUUUGACCAUCAUUCUUGACAAAGAUGAUAAAUUUGGAACCUACACUUGCACUGCUUCAGAUGACAAUCCCUCCACCGAGCCAAUUGAAACAGUUAUCACUGUUAUGAAAGAAAUUUGUAAGUAUAGACUUGUAAAUACUUUAUUGUGCAUUUACCAUCAUAUAACUCAAGGCAACUGAACAAUUAUGGUACACAUUUAUGUCAAAGGGAUAGAAAGACAAUUCACUGAACUGAAAAAAAGACAUUUGACAUCCCUAUCUCUUUCAAGUGUGUUUAUCAAAUCAAGUUUUUUAUGCACAUCACACUCCUGUCCACUGAUUACUUAGGGUCGAAGGAUAGGGUAUUUUCUUAUCGCUUCUUGAUGAUUGACGUUAUUACGCUAUAUUUUCGUCGGUGUAUGUAUUUGAGUUAAUUGCCUUGGAUCGGUAAUACAUAUUGGUGUGAUCUAAAUACAAUAACAACAACGUGGUUUGAAAGUUCAUGUCUUGUAGCUGAAUUAUACUUACUACUGAGUAUUGAUUUAUCUUGAGGGUAAUGUAUUGUGUUGUGCAAACUUUUAUUAGAUCAUCAGAUAUUUGUCUGCUGACAAUUGUUUCUGUUAAAUGUUUAAUUGUAGCCGAAUUACCAGUUAUAUCAAUCAGAGGAACAGAUGUAAAAGCAGCAAAGAUGGAGUGGUUACCACAUAUUCAGGCAGAGUACUAUUUGGUGAAUAUAACAGGACUCGAUGAGGUUAUUUUUGAUGAUCUUGUGUAUGUUGGAAAAGAAACUUCCUUGGAGAUCCAUUACAACACCUUGGUAACAAAGAAAGGCGAAAGAAAGCCCGAGAAAAUAGAAGUAUGUCCGGUUGUAUCUGCCUUUGGAAAUGGGACAGUUAUUGCAAGAACAACAAAAACAUGCUUGAGUAAGUUUAACAACCAUUACAUACGUCAAGUAAGAUAUUUCGCCGGGGCUAAAAGGGAAUCUCCUACAAUAAAUUUAUAAUUUAAAUCAAACACAUUAGGGCACAUUCAUGUGACUUUUGAGGGAAAGGCGAAGUGAUUUUAGAGGAAAAUAAUUUGCAAACAGUCCAAGAGUGGAAC